AUGAGGUACGUUCUAACGGAGCUUAUGCAAAGUGAUCUACACAAAAUUAUUGUGUCACCACAACCGCUAACCUAUUAUCGCGCUCCAGAGUUGUUGAUGGGAGCUCGAAGGUAUACCGGUGCUGUAGAUAUCUGGUCAGUUGGAUGCAUUUUUGCCGAGCUUCUUGCUAGGCGGAUAUUAUUCCAAGCUCAAGGACCAAUUGAUCAGGUAGGCGGAGUUUUUACUCAACUAUAA